GGAGGUCUUUAUACCAUGGCUCGUACAAAGCAGACUGCCCGCAAUUCGACUGGUGGUAAAUCACCCAGGAAGCAACUGGCUACAAAAGCCGCUCGCAAGAGUGCACCCUCUACUGGAAGGGUGAAGAAACCUCAUCGUUGCAGGCCCAGUACUGUGGCACUUCGUGAAAUCAGACGUUAUCAGAAGUCCACUGAGCUUCUGAUUUGCAAACUCCUCUUCCAGCGUCUGGUGCGAGAAAUCGCUCAGGACUUCAAAACAGAUCUGCACUUCCAGAGCGCAGCUAUUGGUGCUUUGCAGGAGGCAAGUGAGGCCUAUCUGGUUGGCCUUUUUGAAGACACCAACCUGUGUGCUAUCCAUGCCAAACGUGUAACAAUUAUGCCAAAAGACAUCCAGCUAGCACACCGCAUACAUGGAGAACGUGCUUAA